AUGUACAUUAAACAGUGCAUCAUCCAAGGCUUCAAGAGCUACAAGGAACAGACCGUCAUCGAACCCUUCUCCCCCGGUACGAAUGUCAUUGUCGGUCGCAAUGGAUCCGGCAAGAGUAACUUCUUCGCGGCGAUGCGCUUCGUCCUGAGUGACGCCUACACUCAGAUGACCCGCGAAGAGCGCCAGGCUCUAUUGCAUGAAGGAUCAGGAUCGGCUGUCAUGUCCGCCUAUGUCGAGAUCAUCUUCGACAACAGCGACGAGCGCUUCCCUACAGGAGGAAAGGAGGUCAUUCUGCGUCGCACCAUCGGAACGAAAAAGGACGAAUACUCGGUCGAUCGCAAAGUCGUCACCAAGAACGAUGUUGUCAAUCUGCUCGAGGCUGCCGGCUUCUCCAGGUCAAAUCCCUACUACAUUGUGCCUCAGGGUCGCGUUACGGCCCUGACCAACAUGAAGGAAUCGGACCGACUCACCCUUCUGAAGGAGGUUGCCGGUACUCAGGUCUACGAAGCGCGCCGAACCGAGUCGCUUAAGAUCAUGAACGAGACAAACAACAAGAGAGAAAAGAUUGACGAACUUCUCGGUUACAUCAAGGAGCGUCUCGCUGAAUUGGAAGAGGAAAAGGAGGAGCUCCGUGGUUUCCAGGACAAGGAUCGCGAACGCAGAUGCCUCGAGUACGCCUUGUAUUAUCAAGAGCAGCAGCAAAUCCAGGAACAGCUUGAGCGCAUCGAAAACAUUCGACAGAACGGCUUGGACAACACCGACUCGAUACGAACUGAGCUCAAGGAUGCCGAAAAGACCUUGACCAAGUUGGAGUCUGAGAUCCACAAGCUGACCAAGGAGAUGGAUCUGCUCAAGGUCGAGCGCCGGCAGCUCGAAGAGGACCGCCGCGAAACAGCAAAGUCGAAAGCGAAGGCCGAGCUCAAGGUCAAGACCUUGUCAGAUGGUCAGUCUGCGGCUGUGCAAGCCCAGCAACAACAUGAGGCCGAUCUCGCGGCGACCAUUGAAGAGCUCCAGACGAAGAAGCAGGAGCUGAACAAUGUCGUCCCAGAGUAUACCAGACGGAGGAGCCAAGAGGUCGAGAAGAAGCAGCAGCUGGACACGGCCGAAGCCACACGCAACCGUCUAUUCACCAAGCAAAGUCGUGGCUCCCAGUUUAAGAACAAGGCUGAGCGCGACAAGUACUUGAGGGCAGAAAUCGAGGAUUUGCAUUCGAGACUCAUGAGUCACAAGGCCAACAAGAUGGACGCUGAUGAGGAUGUCACUGGAACCGAGAACUCCAUCAAGCAGCUCGAGAUUGAUGUCGCCAGCUUGAGAGAAAAGUUGCAAAGCUCAAGCGGAAUUCGGAACGAGCUUUUCGAGGAAGCCAGCAGGGCAAGGGAAACGUUGGACAAACUCGACGACGAGAAGAAGUUGCUCUGCCGUGAGGAAGAAAAGCUCGACACCAUCUUGCGAGAUGCUCGCCAGGAGAGAGACAGGGCCGAGCGUGAGCUUAGCUCCAUGAUGGAUGGCGACACUGCCCGUGGUCUUGCCACGAUUAGGCGCCUGAAGCAUGAGCAAGACAUUCCCGGCGCCUACGGCACUAUGGCGGAGCUCCUCGAGGUCAGCGACACUUACCGCCUUCCUGUCGAGCAAAUCGCUGGUAACAGCAUGUUCCACUACAUCGUCGACAACGAUCAAACGGCCACAUUCCUCACUAACCACCUCCGGUCUAACUACGGAGGUAGGUUGACCUUCAUGCCUCUGAACCGCCUCCAUCCGAGAAACAUCAACAUGCCGAGAUCUCAGGAUGGAAUCGUGCCGCUUCUGAGCAAGAUUCGCUACGAUCCUAUGUACGAGAAGGCCUUCCAGCAAGUUUUCGGCAAAGUCGUCGUGUGCCCCAACCUGAGCAUAGGAGGCCAGUACGCAAGGAGUCACGGUGUUGAUGCCAUUACACUGGAUGGUGAUACCACAAACAAGAGGGGUGCGAUGACUGGUGGUUACAUUGACCCCAGGCGAUCUAGACUUGAAGGCGUUCAGGCUGUCAACAAGUGGAGAGACGAGUAUGAGCGGCUCCUGCAGCAGUCUGAUCGGAUUAGAAACCAGAUCGAACAGAAGGAGCAAGAGAUCACUCGUGCCAUGGGUGAAGUUCAGAAGGCUGAGCAGAAGCUUCGUCAGUUGGAAAGCGGCUUCGAACCUCUGAGGCACGAACUCGCCAACAAGAACGGGCAGCUCGAGCACGAGAAGCGACGUCUCAACGAUGCCAUGAGGCAUCGCGAUGCCGUUGAGCGAGACAUGAAGAUCUUCACUGAGAGUCUUGCCGCAAACGAGUCCGAACUCGCGUCAGACUUCAAAAAGUCGCUCAGUAAUGCUGAGGAGAGGCAGCUUGUCGAGCUAGACGCGCAAGUGCAACGCCUUCAAAAGGAGUGGAACGAUACCAGCAAGAAGCGGAGAGAAGCGGAAAGCCGGAAACAGAUCCUCGAGACAGACAUCAAUCAGAAUCUUCAGCUGCGUCUGGAUCAGCUCAACAGUCAGGCCUUCGAGAACAACACUUCCUCCGGCGAAUCUGGCAGCCUUAAGGAGGCGCAAAGGGAACUCAAGAAGCUUCAACGAGAGACCGCCGCCAUCGAAGCCAAGAUGCAGGAGAUUGAGGAGAAACUCGAGGAGCAGGGUGGCAAGCUCGACCGUCGCGAAGCCAAGAAGGCAGAGCAGGAAGAGAUCCGCAGCACCGUUGCCGCAAGAGAAGCCAAGCAGCGCAGCUCGAUCGAGAAAAGCAUGUCCAAGAAGGCCGUUUACACGGCGCAGGCUGCGGAUGCCGCUAAGGCGAUCAGAGACUUGGGAGUUUUGCCCGAGGAGGCCUUUGACAAGUACGAGAGGAUGGAUCCCAGGCAAAUCGACUCACGGUUGAAGAAGGUCCGCAAUGCCCUCAAGAAGUUCCAGCACGUCAACAAGAAGGCGUUUGAGCAGUACAACAGCUUCACCCAGCAACAGGACCAGCUCCUGAAGCGAAGAAAAGAACUGGAUGCUUCGCAGGAGUCUAUCGAGGAGCUCGUUGCCCAUCUCGAUCAGCGCAAGGACGAGGCCAUUGAGCGUACCUUCAAACAAGUGUCCAAGGAGUUCGCCACCAUCUUUGAGAAGCUUGUCCCGGCUGGACAUGGUCGUCUAGUCAUCCAGCGCCGAACCGAUCGCCGCGUCGACCCUGAGGAGUCUGAUGAGGAGCAGAACCGUAGCGUUGAGAACUACACCGGUGUCGGUAUCAGUGUGUCCUUCAACUCAAAGACUUUGGACGAGCAGCAGAGGAUCCAGCAACUCAGUGGUGGUCAAAAGAGUUUGUGUGCAUUGUGUCUCAUCUUUGCCCUUCAGCAGACGGAGAGCAGUCCCAUGGUCAUCUUUGACGAGGUCGACGCCAACCUCGACGCCCAGUACCGUACCGCCGUCGCCAGCCUCUUGGAGUCCAUCUCCCAAGAGGCCGGAACGCAGUUCAUCUGCACCACCUUCCGACCCGAGAUUGUUCACGUCGCCGACAAGUGCUACGGUGUGACUUUCCACAGCAAGACGAGUUCCAUUGACUGUGUACCUACCGAAGAGGCGCUGAGCUUCGUCGAGGGUGUCGCGGCAGGAAAGUAA